AUGGAAUCGGAACUUGCUGCCUCGAUAAGCGACCUGCCUGAUGAGAUCUUCGAGCCGCCGACUAAUAAGGAAGAGGAAGUCGUCGACCAUCACUUUGUCGCGUUUGCCGAACCAGUCCAAGAUCCUUCGCAGAUAUUUGAAGAUUCAAACAAGUCAAUACCAGAGCAUGAAGUGCCGCCAAUACCUUUAUCUCCAGCAUCUAUUCCAGCCGCUAUUCUGAAAAAGGCGAUAUCUUCUAUCAGUCUGCGGUCGAAACCAAGACGGACAGUUCUUGUCGGGGUGGAUUCUUCCAAAUAUUCAGACGCAGCUUUUGAUUUCUGUGUUCGCCAAGUUGCUCAUGAUGGAGAUGAGAUUAUUGUGGCUCAUAUGGUAACAACUAAACCUCAUGGGUCGUAUUUGCUGAUCGACACGGGAGAUGUUGCGGAAGAUCACAUGAAAAGCGCUCUGGUUGACGUGGCUGAAGCUAUACGCAAUCAUUUCGCUAUGAGGCUCGCGACAAUGAUCCCACACCCAAGAGUCACGUUGAGAGUUGAGGUGCGAAAUGGCAGGAGUCCUAAAGAGGAUCUUUGUCAACUGGCGGCUGAUUUUGGUGCCGAAUGCCUCGUAGUUGGCCAUGCAGGCAGUGGUACUCUCAAAAGUCUGUUGAUGGGGAGCGUGUCGAAUUACGUGGUAAAUCACGCCCCUUGCCCAGUAUUCGUUGCCCGACGUGCUCAAUAA